CUUUCAAUGUUGUCUUAAUGCCUGACACACCUGAUACCGUGAAACCGUGAAUCGUUUGGUCAGUUAGCUGUAGCUGGCAGCGCUCGGUUGGGUCAGUUCGUCAGUUCCAAUGCUUGUGUGGGGUCAGGAGUGUUUUUGUAAGGGUUACGGUAGCGGUGCAUUUUCAGCUACUGACACCUUAACAUUCGGAAAGCCGAUAACCCUCAAGGUCUUACCAAAAGAUGUAUCGCCAGUCGCUCCAUUUCUGUCCAUAUUGUCCCCUCUCACGGGCACUGGACAGGAUAUUUGUCUGGCCGCCGGGUUCUUUCCUGUAGAAAAGACUAUGAUUUUGACUGAAAAAGGUGCAGAAUCUGAAAGUCUUUCCGUCAGCGGUGCACCCAUCUUCGCAACGACCAAAAACUAUUAUUUUGCUGGAUUCAAUGGCAAAAAAAUCCAACAGUGUCAAAUGGAUAAAGAAGAAGCAGAUAAAACUGAGACUCUUGAACCUCAUGUCGUAACAGAUAAACCUGAAAUACAGACUGCACAGUCUUGUGAAACAAAUAAUGAUACUUCUGAAGAGUUCAUAAACGCUGGGGAUCCAAAAAUGAACUCCAUAAACCUUCUUGUGACAGGUCUGAGAAUUCUGCUUGCUAAAUGUGUCGCAGUUAAUGUAAUGAUGACCGUGAAGGCAUUCAUAUUUUAAAAAUUCAAUUCAACUGUAACUUGAUCUGACCCCAACAACCAAAUGAGGUUAUACAAUCAGCCAGUGUCAAUAUAUAUAUAUAUAUAUAUAUAUAUAUAUAUAUAUAUAUAUAUAUA